AUGACCACCAAACGCCCUCGUCACCUCGGCGGUACCAAAUCCAAAACCGGAUGCAACACGUGCAAAAUUCGCCGGGUGAGAUGCGGAGAAGAGAAGCCACACUGCCUGAGAUGUACCAGCACCGGCCGGCGAUGCUGUUAUAACAAUCCAAGUCCUCCAAGGACCACGGGCCGCCCGCAGCUUCAACUAGUGUCCUUCUCAAAUCAAGGAUCGCGAGAGCGACGCGCGUUCGAGUACUACUUUCACCAAGCAGGCCCGUCACUCUCGGGAGUCCUUGAUCGAGCUUUUUGGAGAGGCUCGGUUUUGCAAUUCUGUCGGCGUGAGCCAGUAGUUUGGGAUGCGAUUAUUUCGCUCAGUGCGCUCUACGAGCGGCCUCCAGUCCAUGAAACCCCGCCCGAGCAGCUGAUCAACUACCCAGCGGCGGUCAAACAUUGCUACCACCACGAAGCGCUAGUCUGGUACUCGCGCUCUCUAUCUCGUCUACAGCAGCGAAUCAACCAGGGCGUGGCAGAUCUGACCGUCUCCCUGAUUAGCUGCGUCUUGUUCAUUGCCAUCGAGCUCCUGCAGGGAAAUCGAAUGGCCGCCCAGGCACUAUACAAACAGGGAGCUCAAAUGAUGGUCAGUGCCUUGUCAGCACCGACGACUACCAGUGCCGCUUUGGAGCCUAUCUUUCGCCGCAUAGGAACGUGGGUGUUGAUAAUGAACGGAGCAUCGGACGUUUGCUGGGAUCUCAAUUUAGCCGUGCCAGAUGAAUCCUUUGUUUCAAUCGAGGAGGCAAGGGAUGUGCUCUAUGGGAUCAUGGCGGAACUGAAAGCCCUGAAUGUUGAUUGUAAAGCCUAUCUACGGAUGACUGGCGAUGCUCGCCUGCAUGAGGUACCGGAUUUAGCUACCAGACAACAGCACCUGAAAAGUCGACUCAGUCAAUGGUAUCGUCUCUUCACCUGCCUGGAGCCCGUCCAGGACACCAGUAUCGGUGGUGCCACUGCACUGCUUCUGAUGACAUACACAGGCAUCUUGAUCGAAUCAGAAGCCUGUCUCAAUCCUGACCACUCCAUAUACGAUUCCUAUGAAUACGAGUUCGCCCAAAUUGUCGAUUGGGCGCCGAUUGCGGUUGCAUGGACUCGCAGCUCGGAUGGCGAACAACCGCCUCUCAUGUUCGAGAUGGGAGUCUUUCUCCCUCUUUUCAUUACAGGCCUUAAGUGUCCCUUCCCUCAUUUACGCCGCAGGGCAAUUCAGUGCCUGAGAGACUCCCCGCCAGCCCAGGGCUUCUUCAUGAGUGUCCCAGCCAGUCACAUCGUGUCCAUUAUCGUCGGGCUGGAGGAGAAUCCCACCUUUUUACCCAAACAAGCUUCCGAUGUUGAUGAUCUGCUGGCCCAGCCGGGGCGUAUUCCAGAACCUGAAAAUCGCACCAUUGACUUUAGUGUGUCGUCGGGGUCAGAUAAAGAGGGGAUGCUGCGGAGUUGGUUGCACUAUACACUCCACCACUUUGAUUCAGAGGGAAGGAUCGAAUUUGUGCAGAGAACGAUACCAUUGCCAAACUUUGCCUAG